AUGAAAACCAUGAGAGUAAGUAGCAUGCUGCUAGCUGCCCUGUGCGGCGCGGCAUCCGUGGCGUGCAGCAGCACGUGCCAGACCAUGUUCCAGGACAGCGACUCGUCCUCUGAAGAAUUUUCAAGCAAUGAGUCCGAGGACCUAUUCGCACUCCUCAUGAAAAGAAGCAUUCCAAGCACAGUGAUACAGUCUGAAGUGGCAGCUGUGAAGAACCCGGCGCUUCCAAAAAUCACCCAAAAGCUCAGCGAGUCUAUUAACAAGGCCAUGGAGUUUAUAAAAGAAAUGAUAGAGGAAAAAACGUACAUUUCAUCCAAGUCCAAAAAACUCACCGACCCCACCCAAAGCAUAGACCUGUGCGGGAUAUACGCGUACUUUAACACGCUGCAGCUGUCGUGCAUCUCCAGCCGGCAGAAGACUGCACUGCUCAAGGCAUGCAUAGAGUUUGACUUCAAGAAGAUAGACGCCGCUUUGAAGUCCAUGUACAUAUCCCUUGUGAACCAUGAGUAUCUGGUGGACGUCUCCAGCGCGAUCACCACCUCAAACAAAAAGAGCAUUGUGUCUGAAACCAGCACGCGGCUCCCGUUCUUCCAGAUAAGCGAAACCCACACAAAGAAUACCUUUGCGUACAGGCUUCUGGAAAUACAGACAACAAGCGAGAAAAGCAUCAUCGACAGCGCGUGCGACUUUUUCAAACAGCAGAAGAAGGCUGAGCUGAAGGAAUCUUUCAGGACCAUCUUCCUGGCCACCAACGUGGAGGGCCCUUUGCCAAAGACGGAAACAAGCUCUGCCAACCCCGGGGUGGGCGUUUGCAGCAAAAACACAACGAUCUCCUCUCAAAGGAAGAAGCAGCAGGUCAUGCCCAUCACAGUGGCAAAGAACAGCGAGAUGAAAGUCAAGUCUAUCUUCUCCCCUGUGCAGGAGAACACUUGCGAAUUUGAAGAGUGGAAGGACUUCGUGCUUCAAAACGCCUCCAACGCCAGCAAGAAGCUAACCCGAAUCCCAUGGAGCUACUUGGACUCCAGGGUGUUUGCAUGCACGGAUCUGAAGCUCGACGUAAGCCUGCUUAAAAUGAUAAUAAGCAGCGUUUUGGGCCUGGAAAUGAAAAACGAAAUCAAUGCGCACAGGCCCACCCUCCAAAGGCAUCUGACGGCUCUGAGCCCAAUUAUGCAUGCCUUAAUAGAGAAGAUUCUGGCGAUUAUAGACAAGCACGCAGAGGUUCUCGAGAAAACCCACGCAACCACACUGUGGAUGAAAGGGCGAAUUUACAACAUUGUGUUCAACUACAUUCGAGGGGAGCUCACGCCUUCUCUGCUGAACUACUACCUUGGGCAGAUCUCUGAAGAGGUGGCCGAAGCCCUCAAGAAGCUGAACAUUGCCGACGAAGCAAGCGAUGUGUAUGUGAUUCUGAAAAAGCACACUGUUACUGUAAGAGAGAUUGUUGCCCUGCAGAAGACGGCAGAGCCAGGCGAGACUUGGACAGGGCUGAAGAGCGAGCUCCCCGCGCUCCCUUACAUACUGCAGAAUCUUCUUUUGAAAAGCCAGAAAGUGUAA